CUUCCACCCCACCCCAACCAUGGCGCCCCUCAACGACAUCCAAAAAGCCUUCCUCGCGAGCCUCCCCCCCUUCAACGCCUCCCACACCUCCACCCACCCCGCGAGCUGCCACUGCGGCGCCGUCCAAUACACCGUGACCCUGUCGCCACCACUGACGCAGCAGAAAGUGGGCAGUUGCAACUGCACCAUCUGCACGAAGAACGGGUACCUGCUGCUGUACCCACGGCGCCAGGAUGUGGCCAUCCACCACGGCGAGCAGGCACUCAAGUCGCACAGCUUCGGGCCGAAGCAGCUGCUGCACCAGUUCUGUGGCGAGUGUGGGAGUAGCGUGUGGUUUGACCCGCGGCUGAAGGGGUUGGGGGAGGAGAUGCCGGAUUUGCUGGGCGUGAAUGUCCGUAUGUUGAAGAGUGUCAAGGUGGCGGAGUUGGAUGUUGUGGCGUUUGAUGGGUACAACAACUAUCCGUUCAUCGGAGACUCGACGCAUUUGAAUACGCCAUAGUGCUUCUUGGUCAUAGGACCGGAUCGCUGUUCACACCUGCAGCUCAGAAGCCUGCAAAAUUGCUCUUUCAGUUCGGUCUCACUGCGACUUUUCAGUACCUGAAAGUAGAAAUAGAAGGAUGGCGUGGAGCAAACAUGAUAUUAAUAG